AUGUCAUUCCAUCCGAUGAUUGCAACGGCUUUAUGUAGGAUAAUACGAAAUGAAGAAUCCGGAAAUGCCAUGAGAUUUGAGAUGAAUAAUAACAAUCAUCAACCUGCUCGCCUUUUCCAACAACAAAUCCCACAAAUAGUCGGACAUCCUCUUCCAGGAAAUCUUCAACGCCAUAUAAUCAUGGGCGCUAUUUACCCGUUUGAACCUGUGCCUCCACUCGGCGCCGUAUCACCAACUCCAACGUUCGUGGAGGCGAUAAUUGAGGGUAGAUAA